CAAACUUUGUCAACAGUAAAUAAAUUUAUUUAAUUUAUUAUUCAUAUGUAUUUAAGAAGUUACAAUUAAUUGUAGGGUGUUGCAAUGGAAUUAAGUAUAAUAGAAGACAGCACAACCCAAUCCUCGGAUCUUCCGCUAUUCGUUGAUGUCCAGGACUCCGACUAUGCAACUAACGAAGCCCAGCAGCCUGACACCACACUUACAUCAGCAACAGAGACCAUACCACUUCUUGAAGAUACACAAACAGCAUUUACAGAUAUUAAUGAUAAGUUUGAAGAGGAACAACAGGAAGUCACAGAAACCCCAACCCAGCAUACGUCUGGCCGGAUCAAGUGUCCAGAAUGUAUCAGAUAUACGGCCACGACAGAAGAGAGAAUGCUGCGUCACGUCAGGAAGGUACACCGAGGAGAGAACCCGUUCCAAUGUUAUAUGUGCGACUACUCGACGUACAACAAGGCAGUGUUCGAGGAACACGUCCGGAUACAUCAAGGUAUCAAACCCUUCAAAUGCGCAUACUGUCCCUACCGCAGCGCCUCCAAGAAGAACACCAAGAAGCAUGAGCUCCGCCACCGGCCCGACAACCCCCUCAAGUGCCCCCAGUGCCCCUUCAUAGGGCGGCACUAUAGAUCCCUGAUGUGUCAUAGAGAGAAGAUGAACCACGGGAACAAGUGCCCCGACUGCCGGUACGUGGCGAAGGAUGAUGAGGACCUGCAGGAUCAUACCAACUUGCAUAAAAGCAAUAAGAUUUUCAUAUGCAGUCAAUGCGAUGCCAGAUAUCCCAACAUGAGGGCAUUACAAGCUCACAAACGUUUAAGAAAAAGAUGCAAAGAAUGCAAUAUCCAAUUGUGCACGAAACAUCGUCUCAAACAACAUCUGUAUACGGAACAUAACGUAAAAGUCGAGGAGAGUCGGGAGUACACGUUUGUAUGCAGUAUCUGCAGGUGGGGAGGUAACAGUAAGGCCAGAAUACUGCUGCAUCUGAUACAUCAUCCCGAGCAGAUGGUCGAUGAGACGGUUAUAGAUGUCAGUAUUUUGAAGCAAUUGGAAAUUAUGACCUGACGAGAAAAA